AUGACUGACUCCUCUGAUUUAAAUAAUAUUGAGAAGGAAGAUGAAUCUGUUGUUACUAUGGUAGAUGUUUUACAAGAAGAAAAUGAACUCGAGGAAGAUGCUAAUGCUGUUCUUGGAGGAGCCGAUGAUAAAAUUUGUACUUAUUCUAAGGGUUAUAUUUUUAGACAACCCCUUUAUGCAUGUGCUACUUGUAACUCAAGUGGAAAUGGAAAACUUGGAGGUAUUUGUUUAGCUUGCAGCUACAGAUGCCAUGAAGGACAUGAACUCAUCGAACUUUACACUAAAAGAAAUUUUAGGUGUGAUUGUGGAAACUCUUGUUUUCCAAACACAAAAUGCAAUUUAGAAAUAGGUAAAGAUGAUUUCAAUGUCAAUAACAGUUACAAUCAAAAUUUCACAGGCAUUUAUUGCAAUUGUAAAAGACCUUAUCCAGAUCCAGAUGAUACAAUCGAUGAUGAAAUGAUUCAAUGUGUUAUUUGUGAGGAUUGGUUUCAUAAAAGGCAUUUAAACAACAACUCUAUACCUAGUGAUUAUGGAGAAAUGAUUUGCUACGAAUGCAUGGAAAAUCAUUUAUUCCUUUGGAAGUAUAGUGAUCUUCAUUUAAAAGCCAAAUCAUCACUGGAUGAUUCAUCAAAUCAAAAGAUUAAUAAUAGUAGUAUUAAAAAUAACAUUGAUGAAUCACAGGAAAACAAAAAUGAAAAAGAAUCAGAUGUAAAUUCAAUUUUAAACUGUAAAAUAAAAACAGUUAAGACUGAAAAUGGAAGCGGUUCAACAUUUUGGCCAGACGGCUGGAGAAAAAGUUUAUGUAAAUGUGAUGAAUGUUUAAAAAUGUAUGAUAAUGAAAAAAUAUCAUUUUUACUCAGUGAUACGGAUACAGUUCAGUAUUAUGAAAACAGAAAUAAAGCAUUAGCAAAAGAAUCACAAUAUGAAAAAGGUUUAAAGGCUUUAUCUUCGUUAGACAGAGUAAAACAAGUUGAAGCCAUCGAAGGUUAUAAUGAAAUGAAAUCGGAAUUAAUGGGAUAUUUGCAAAAAUUUGCAGAAAGUAAAAAAGUUGUUAGGGAAGAAGAUAUUCGUGAAUUUUUUAGUCAAAUGCAGGCGAGGAAAAAACAUAAAGUCGAAGUUCCAUAUUAUUGCCAUUAA